GUGAUGCACGUUCAACAUAACAUGAGCUAAUGCUAAAUAUAUGCAACAACAUCCCUGCCGUGUGAAAAUAACCUUAUCUGUGCAAAGGUGCCACUGGAAGGGUCACAUGUGUAUGCUAGUCUUUCCAGUGCACGAGGGAAAGCAUGAUGUAAGGGCAUGAAGCAUGGGAUCAGUCCAUGACAAGAAUAGAUAAGAAGGCUGAUGAAUGCCAUGGAAUUUACUGAUGAUGGCAUUCCGCUUCAAAGUAAGGUAGCCACAACACCAAAAUCCACGGUGACGUUGACAGGUCGCCUAUAAAGGCUUCACCUGGCCAUGCUGAGAACCACAACGACACCAAUACCAGGACAGGCUGAGUCGCGCUCCAGAAGAAAGGGGGAAAAAAAACAUGAAUCUCACUUUGUCAUUUUGCUGCUUUAACCUGCUUUUAGUGUUUGAUUAUGCUCGAGGAAAACCCACCUCUGAUUUACAGAGUUUAACUCAGAUUUUGGAAGAGCUUAAAGACGUGCCUCCUCACACUUCAGAGGAGAUGCAAGAUCUUGGCGGCGAUGCAGACAAGUCAAAGAGCGCUGAUUCAGAGGGGCACACGUGGGACUCCUCUGACCCCAGCAACUUGGCAAUGGAGGUUAAAGCAGACGUCCUUGCCCUCCUUUUCAAAGACCUCUUCCGACCCGCCAAGCGGUCCUGGAGCCGCUACAGGAAAGGGGGGCUGAGGAGCUGUUUCGGCGUACGCUUGGAUAGGAUUGGAUCAUUCAGCGGAUUAGGCUGUUGAGGGUGUAUGCGAUGACGAUCCAUCAGCAAGUAUUAAACCAUGAUCAACGCUUCACACACCACUGUAAACUUCCUGAAAGGUGUGGAACUUUGUCUAUUAUUAUUUUGGGCUGUAAAAAAUGUUUGCUUUCAAUUAUAUUGUAA